AUGAAUAAUGAAAACCACACAACAGUCACUGAAUUUUUACUAUUGGGGUUCCCACAUAUUAAUGGCAUCAAUGCUGUCAUUUUAUUUCUACUGAUACUGAUUGUUUACAUUAUAACACUCAUAAUAAAUUCUAUGAUCAUCGUAUUGGUGGUAACCAGGCCACAGCUACAUUCUCCUAUGUACUUUUUCCUCCAGCAAUUGUCAUUCAAUGAAAUUGUGUUCCUGACUGUUGUUGUCCCGAACAUGCUUCGUGUCAUAUGGUUGGAAGGAGCCACCAUGUCUAUCAUGGGAUGUAUAACACAGACAUAUAUUUACUGUGCUGUAGGGUGUUCAGAAUGUCACCUCCUCGCAGUCAUGUCUUAUGAUCGAUACCUGGCCAUAUGCCACCCUCUGAGGUAUAGCACCAUCAUGAACAUCAAACUACAACAGUGUUUGGUCAUCUAUUGCUGGGUGUUUGGCUUUAUGAUCACACAAAUUACUCUUAACUUUCUGUGCCAACUUCAGUUCUGUGGACCCAAUGUCAUUGACCAUUUCUUCUGUGACCUUGUUCCUUUUGUUGAACUUUCAUGUUCUUACACAUAUGCACUACAAUUAGAGAUUUUGUUUGGUGCUAUUCCUAUAUUGGUCAUCCCAUUUAUUUUAGUUGUUAUUAGUUACAUCUGUAUAGUCAGUACAAUUUCCAGUAUCUCCUCUAAAAAAGGUAGGAAGAAAACUUUUUCCACUUGCAGCUCCCAUCUCUCCGUUGUGACCAUGUACUAUGGAACUUUGAUCACUAUUUACUUGGUUCCAGCUAACAGACAUUCCUUGACUAUAAACAAAUUGAUUGCCUUUUCAUACAUUGUGGUAACACCUCUCUUUAACCCAGUCAUAUACAGUUUGAGGAAUAAAGAGAUUAGAUUUACCAUUUGGAAAUUACUUAGCUCCAAUUGA